AUGCUCGCCACGGAUACUGACAACAUCCCAAAGCCCGCAGAUGGCGCAACAAUAGCCACUUCACCGACAUCUGCCAACUCGCGCUACAGCAAACACAUCGUCUUAACCACCUAUCCCGGACAAAGUGGCAUCGACCCCGUUCCCCUAGAAUGGGGUGCACCAGACGCCAAAUCCCGCGGCCCUGUGCUCGUCUCGCGCAGCGGCGCUCAUCUGAAGCGUCGCAAUGCCCUGGGCGCCCAUGGCGGUAGCUAUGCCAUCUACAACGCCCUCGCCAUCGCCGCCGGCGACCUCCCGCCAGACUUCCGCCCCGACUUCCGUAACAGCGAGCCCACGUUCAAUUUCCCCUGGCAGCCCGCCUGGGCCGACAAGACCAAGAUCGUCUCCAUGGACCCCUACGGCCAUGACAUCGUCAACCAGUUCCGCGACGAGCUCAACGCCGGCUGGGACAUCCGGCCGACGAUGGCCGUCACCCGUGCCAACAUGAAGCUGGCGGAGAUUGGCGAGGCCGUGCGCGAGAAAAAGCUCGACGUCGACGGCUCCAUCGUCGUGGACGAGUCGGGCGAAGUCCGCGUGACCAAGGUCGCCGUUGAGCCGGUGUGGUAUCUGCCGGGCGUGGCGGACCGGUUUGGCGUCGAUGAGGCGACCCUGCGGCGCGCGCUGUUCGAGCAUACCGGCGGUAGCUACCCGGAAUUGAUCACGCGCCCGGAUCUGAAGGUCUUCCUGCCGCCGAUUGGCGGCCUGACGGUGUACAUUUUUGGACCUCCGGAGCGGGUGUCGGAUGAGAACGUGCGGUUGGCCCUGCGCAUCCACGACGAGUGCAACGGCAGCGAUGUCUUCCAGUCGGAUAUCUGUACGUGUCGGCCGUAUCUGGCGUUCGGGAUCCGGGAGGCCAUCCGCGAGGCGCAAAAUGGAGGUAGUGGUGUGGUGAUCUACUUCCGCAAGGAGGGGCGCGCCCUCGGCGAGGUCAUUAAGUACCUGGUGUACAAUGCGCGCAAGCGCGGCGGCGACACGGCUGACAAGUAUUUCACGCGCACGGAGAAUAUUGCCGGCGUUAGAGAUAUGCGCUUCCAAGCCCUCAUGCCGGACAUUCUGCACUGGCUGGGCAUCAAGAAGAUCGAUCGCAUGCUGUCCAUGUCCAACAUGAAACACGACGCCAUUGUGCAGUCUGGCAUCAAGAUCCUGGAGCGGGUGCCGAUUCCGGAGGACAUGAUUCCCAGCGAUUCGCGAGUCGAGAUCGAUGCGAAGAUUAAUGCGGGCUAUUUCACGACCGGGAGACAGUAUACCAUGGAGGAACUGGCGGAGGUGCGUGGCCGCGGCUGGGAGAAGUGGGAGGACGUUACGGACCCCCUAUACAUCCGUCCUAAGUCUUCUACAAUUGUAAUCAUGACGCGUGUCUCCCCGCAACCCCACGUCCCCAGACCCGGGGUCUGGUGCCCCGCCGUGACCUUCUUCAACCACGAUAUCGACACACUCGACCUCGAAUCCCAAAAGAAGUACUAUUCCUACCUCUCCCAGACCGGCCUCACCGGGCUCGUCAUCCUCGGUACCAAUUCCGAAGCCUUCCUCCUCACGCGCGAAGAACGCAAAGCCCUCAUCGCGACGGCCCGCGAAGCCGUCGGCCCCGACUACCCCCUCAUGGCCGGCGUCGGCGCCCACUCCACAAAACAAGUCCUGGAGCUGGCCGCUGACGCCGCUGACGCCGGCGCCAACUACGUGCUCGUUCUCCCGCCCGCCUACUUCGGCAAGGCGACGACCAUGCCCGUGGUGAAGCGGUUCUUCGCGGACGUCGCAGCGCAGAGCCCACUCCCCGUCGUGCUGUACAACUUCCCCGGCGUGUGCAACGGCGUCGACCUCGACUCGGAGACCAUCACGGCGAUCGUGCGUGCCUCGGCCGCUGCUCGCCCGGACGGCGUGUCCAACGUCGUCGGCGUCAAGCUGACGUGCGGCUCCGUCGCGAAAAUCACCCGCCUCGCGGCCACGUUCUCGAAAGACGAGUUCGCCGUGUACGGCGGACAGGCGGAUUUCCUCGUCGGCGGGCUGGCGGUCGGCUCGGCCGGGUGCAUCGGCGCCUUUACGAACGUCUUUCCCAAGGCGGCGUCGCGCGUCUACCAGCUGUACACAACAGGCCAUGUCGCCGAGGCGGUGGAGCUGCAGAAGCAGACGGCGCUUGCGGAGAGUCCGAUCAAGAGCGGCAUUGCGGCGACCAAGUAUGCUGCGGCGGUGUUUUCGGCGCCAAAGGCGGGCAUUGUGGGCGCGGAGGAGAAGUUGAGGCCGCGGACACCGUAUGAGGAGCCGGCGGAGGCGGCCAAGAAGACGGUGCGGGGAGCUAUGGCUGCUGUUGAGGAGAUUGAGCGGGGGCUUUGA